AGAGAGAGGCAGAGAAUGCAAGCGGUGGGCCGAGUGUGAGGCACAUGGCCAGUGAGUGAGAGAUCUUUGCUUCCUGUGGGCUCCUUCUCGCUCUGGUUGGAUUAUUGCUGAGGAAGGACCUCGUCUGGACACCUUCUCCCUCUCUUCCCUCUCUCCUCCACCUCCCUCCCCCCGUCUCUCUCUCUCUUUACCUCUCGCUGAGGGACUCUCUGCCUUCCCAGGAUCUCACCUCUCGUUCUCCUUUCACUCCCCCUUCUCCCCUGCUUCCCCCCUCCAGGAUGUCGUGUGAGGAGGCUCAGCUCCACAAAGAGAGGCUGCAGGCCUUGGCGGAGAAGCGGAAACGACAAACUGAGAUUGAAGACAAACGAGGGCAGCUGGACGAUCUGGUGCUGCAGCUACAACAUGUCAAGUCCAAAGCCAUGCGCGAGCGAUGGCUGCUCCAGGGGACGGGCGUGGAGGAAGAGGAGGCGCGACGGAAACAGCUGGAGCAGGACGAAGAACAAGGCAAGAGGCUGGAGGACAUGAUACACAGGUUGGAGUCUGAAAUCGGUGCGCUCGAGAGCGAGGAGUCUCAGAUCUCCGCCAAAGAGCAAGUUCUUCGAGAGCGCCUGAAAGAGACGGAGCGCUCGAUAGAAGACCUGCAGAAGAGCCUGAUGACCCAGGAUGAAGCGAUGUUUGCCAUGGAGAUCAACGUGCAGCACGACCCGCAGACCGGCGAGCAGCGCAUCCUGUCGGCCAACCGCGUGAACCCGGUGGACGCGGCGUCGCGCGGCAUCAAAGUCUACGACGAUGGCAGAAAAGUGGUCUACGAGGUCAGUUCCUCCGGGGGCGUCUCCACCACCGCCGUGGAGAAUGGUUGGAGCUCGGCGCAGGUGGACCAGCUGAUCCAGCGAGCUGCCAGGCCCGGGGCUCGAGGAGGAGACGGCGGACAGAGUCAGGUGACGGUGACCCCGGCUUCCCCACAGGCCUACGUUUCCCCGGCAGAUAUCGACGAUCUGUCCCCGCCCUCCUGCGCUCCGCCAUCCAUCCCUUCGAGCCCACCAGCCCAGGUCGUCCUCCAGAGGGAAACCCGGCUGGGCAUGAUGCCCCCUUCCUCUGCUCCGGUCACGACCCAACCGGGCUCCUCGGCCCACCCGGGCGACGAGGUCACCGCCCCACCCCAAGCCAGCACGGAGCACCCGGUCACCAUGGUGUUCCUCGGCUACCAGGACGUUGAAGACAUGAGCGAGAGCAGGCGGCUGCUCGGCUUCGACGGCGCCGUGAAGGCCGAGGUCGUCCUCAUCGACGAAGACGACGAGAAAUCGCUGCGGGAGAAGACGGUCACCGACAUCUCCGUCAUCGACGGCACAGCGGCCGACCUCGUGUCGGGGCGGCCGGCCACGUCUGAGGCCGCCAGCACGGAACUGUCAUCUGACGGCCGUGAGCCCGACAGCGCCUCCUCGCCUCCUGCAAACCCAGAAGCCAACACGGCCCCCCCGCCCGGCCUCACCCCCUCCACAGGCUACAUCCAAACACCAGGGGUUACCAUGACAACAGCAAAUGGCUAUCAGGCUCCCGCUCCAUCCAGACAUCCUCACACCGCCAUGAAAUCAUGGCGGGCAGCCGAGGAUGUCAGUGACACAGUACCAAGAGAGCGAGCCCUGAAGAGCGUCAGUUUCCAGGAAUCAGUCAGCGUCAUCACUGACAGGCCCGCGGCCAUGGAACUGGAGAGCCAGCAGAUCCAACAUGGCUGCCUCAGCAGCCCCAGUAACCGAGCCCACAAUGCAGUUGGUGUGAGAGUGGAGUCUUCUGACAGCGAGGUGGUGCAGGAGAUCCGCUACCUGGACCAGGUGUUGGACGCAGCCUCAGACACACCCACCAACGGAAACUCCUCUCCGUCAGAAUACAUCAAACCGAUCAGCAUCGACGGAAACUCUCCCUCCGUCUGCGUGUCGGCCUCCUCCCCCGCCAACCACCAGUCGAUCGUCGUCCAGGGACAGAGACAAACCACGUUCCUCCACCAGGAGGAGGCUGCAGCGAGGACCAACGGCCACGUGCAGGGAGACGAGUCGGGGCGCAGCAAGGCCAAGUUUGAGCUGCGAGCGUUUCAGGAAGAAAAACGUCCAGCGAAACUGUUCUCGCCCGGAGAGGAGCAGCAGGUCCGGGUGACGAGGAGACGACCCACCGAGGAGGUUCAGGAGUUGGAGCGUGAGCGUCAGGAGCUGAUCAAAGACCAGGCGGUGAAGAAGAACCCCGGGAUCGCACAGCGCUGGUGGAACCCUCCCCAGGAGGUGCCUUUGGAGGAGCAGCUGGAUGCAGAGCAGCUCGAGUCUCUCAAGAAAUACCAGGAGAGAAAACAGCAGAAACAGAGCUAUUCCUAUGCAUGCACACAGCCCCAGAUGUCAGGUCCUCCUGCCAUGAUGACCUUUGACUCAGAGCUAAACAGGAAGGACGACAUUGUGGAGGAGCAAAUCGACUUCUCGUCUGCCAGGAAGCAGUUUCUGCAAGGAGGGUCUACCAGGAAGGACGUAGCUCCUCACCUGUACUCCGCCAAACCCUUCUCCAAACCCGCAACCAGGGGCGGCCAGGUGAGCAGUGACAUUGUUGCAGAAACCGGAGAGACUCACGUGACCUGGUCUGACGAAGGCAUCGCAGGAGAGUUUACAUGUGCACGUGCUGUAAUGACAAUCCUGCCCGGGGAGGAGGAGGCAAAGGGUCACUUCCAUCCAGCCUUUCACCCAGAAGAGUCUGACUCAGGAUUGGACGAGCUCUCUGUCCGCUCUCAGGACACGACUGUGUUUAGCUUGGAUAACAUCUCAGACAGUGGGGCUUCGCUACCCCCCACCCCGCUGCCACUCACCCCAGUGUCACCGCCUACCCCCCAGCCCACCACUCCAGUCAACGGGCGGACCAGCGGCAGUCCAACAGAAGAUGAGCUGGAGUACCACGCCGGGGUUCUUGUCCAGAAUGCCAUCCAGAAUGCUCUAGCAGCUCAGAAUGGAGGCGACUGGCAGCCGUCUGACUUCAACUCCUCACAGCUGAGCGCCCCUGUGUCUCCAUCCUCUGCCUCUACAAGUAGCCCAGUGCCAGUUUCUUCCUCUCCUGUGUCUUCUGGUGGAGCUCCAAGCUUCCAGUCCCCUGUGUCCUCCAGUCCUGCACCAUCCAACCCGUCCCCACAGCCAGACAGGCAGCCAGCGGUCACAGUUUUUUCCCAAGAGAAGCCGGAAUCAGAAUCACAGGCUCAGCAGCAGUCCUCCAGUCCAGUCCAACCACCACAUCUCCAGACGCCGUCUCCUCCUCCAUCUCAGCCUAUCUCGCCACCGCAGAGACCCAAAAACGGAGGCCCCAGAAUCAAGAUCCAGUCCUCUUACACCAGAGCUCUCGCCUCUUCAGCCCCGGCUCCGGCUCCAGCUCCUGCCUCAGCAGCUCCCGUCUCCAGGCCAACCCCAGUCUACCGUCCCCCUUCUCCUCCAAGCCCAGAGAAACCAGAAUUCAGCUACUUCAGCAAAUACUCGGAGGCAGCGGAGCUGCGUAGCACAGCGGCAGCAGCCCGAGGCCCUGAGGUGGAGGCGGCCAGCGGCCCGUUCCGCCUGCGCUCCAAGAAGCAGGGAACCUUGUCCAUGAUUGAGGAGGAGAUCCGAGCAGCUCAGCAGAGGGAGGAAGAGCUGAAGAAGCAGAGGGAGACGCUGCCGGUCAUCGCUGUCCGGUCCGGCAACGCCUCCAACAGUAGUCAUGGACCUGUGAGGACAGGGAUGCGGCAAAGCACCAUUUCCCCGGCAGAUAAGAUGAAGAGCAACAGCCUGCCGACCCGACUGACGCUGACAGCACGGACAGCACCAGGAAAGAUUGAGAAAGUUCGCCCAGCGCCGCCCGUCUCCCCCUCACCAUCAGAGGGCGCCCUGUCCGACGCCGGCAGCGAGGACUCUGGAGGUUCACGACCCAAAAACUUCAUGCAGACGCUUAUGGAAGACUAUGAAACUCACAAAGUGAAGAGGAGGGAGAAGCUGGAGGACAACAGUGUUCUGGAGGCCACUCGCGUAACCAGGAGGAAAAGCGACAUGGCGCUGAAGUGGGAAGCCGGUAUCUACGCCAACGAGGACGGAGAGGAGGAGGAAGAAGAGGAAGAAGAGGAGGAGGAAGAGGAGGAGGAGGAGGAGUAAGCAGCCCUCCUUACAGAGACAGUUAAGCAUGAGGAGGAGGAGGAGGAGGAGGAAGAGACUGAAGGAGAAAUGGAAACAGGAGGAGGAAGGACAGAAGGAAAACAGUAUUUAUUUCACUAAUAGUAUCCUGAUGCUCACACGAGCCGCUGGCUUGAACCAACGGGGCUCAUCGAAGAGACGCAUCCGGCUUUGGGACCUGAAGGUGUAACAGUACGUUCAUACAUGAGAGAGAUACCUGAAGUGUGGAGGUGAGUUCAGAGACGAGGGAAGCGAGAGACACUUUGGAAGAGUUUGACGGUGGUUUGAGAGCGAAGUUUGUUUGGGAUAAAAUGUUUUAAGUAGCUGGUAGACGCUGAAUGAAGUAUUCAUAGGACUCUUCACCUAUCUGCAGUUUUAUUCCUGACGUCUGGGCUGCCUGGGACUGGGUGGUGGUGGGUGGUGGGUGUGUGCUGGUAGGUCAUCCUCAGAAUGUGUGAGGAAGCUUUGAACUACCAACAAGAUGCAAAAGGCAAGCAGGUGCAAAACGUGGCAUAAAGAAGACUUCAGACUGACAGAAAGGAGACGGAGAGCGGCCAAAACACACACUAACACACACCGGUUCUGUUCUGUUGUUUCCUGGAUGUGAUGAUGCUGCAGAAACGAUUUCCAGGAGCUGAACCGAAACGCUUCCCCCCCAGCCGGAGCAGCGUUUACCCCGGUGCAGUGCAGAUAUAACAGAGCAUGUCGGUGGAAGCUUUUGCAUUCCUUUCAAGCAUCCGUAUUAAAUCUUAAGUGCCGACUCGAGGGUCAGCAUCCUUUGAAUCGAGGAAAUUUGCAGAACUAACUUUGCCUUCGACCGUCAGUAGUUGUUGUACGAUGUAUUCUAUCCUCUCCUAUCCUGUAUCACUGCAGUUUCAGUAGACCUUAGAGAACAUAAGCAGCCGCACAGUUUGUCUAUAAUCACUGCUCUCCAGCGACUUGUUUUCGUCCGCUACCGUGCAAACAGAGAGAGGAACUAACUGCUGGUCACGUUUGCGCCGUUCCAGCCAGCGUGUGAGUUAAUUAAAGGGCUGGGUCAGGGCUUUUAUAUCCCACACAUCACCUCCGUCUGCGCCGUGGCUUUGUUGCUUUCUGAUGUAAGCAGUCGUUCCAUGUAUUAUACCGAGGUAGGGCUGUGUAUUUGAUGUAUGAAGAUCUGCCGUGUAGCUACUAUACUUUGCUAGCUGAGGAUAAAGUUUGAUGAAAAAUAGUAAAGAAAAAAAAAUGUAAAAAAAAGCUUUUUAUAAAAACGUUGUUAUACCAAAACAGGAUGUUGUUAUUUAGGGAGAAGCUCUUCAGUCUAUUUAAGAAGAUGGUGUGCAUGGAUUUACACUCCUUUUCUAGCCUGAGACAAGCACACAGCGAGCAGCCAGAGGAAGGAGGCUGACCGUCAGAGGAUGCUGUUCAUCCUCUGGUGGUGACUUACAGGCUCAGCAGUCGAUGUUUUUUACUAAAUGUUUUGUGAGUUUUCAUUUUUGCAAGAUGAUGUGAUUGUUUUUUUUUUUCCUGAAAUGAUGCCGUGGCCUGUUCGGGUGCAGAAAACGAGAUUAAGCUUCACGACUAAAACAGAAAACACGCUGAAGCACAGUCACAAGUAGAAACGUGUCAAAGCGGCUGAAGCAGCAGCAGCUCUGAACCACUUCAGACGUAGCAGAACGAUUGUCUUCAUGAGCUCCUUUAUCCAAGCCUGUGAGAUUCUUCUUUUUUUGUAUUGGGAUGUUAGGAGGAAAGAAAUUCCUGUAAACCAAAGGUCAGAGUUUGGAUCAGAACGUCUGCUCGUGUGUCCUGUCCAAGUGUCCUUCAGCAAAGGCACUCGUCCCUUCGUCUGCUCCCAACAGUCCAACCCUCAGCUCAACGCCUGAUACACUAAUGAGGUCAAUUUGCACAACAUAUAACGAACAGCAGGACACACGAGAACCCUUCACGGUACCGGCUCUGCUCUGUUUGUCCGGGACAGGUUACGGUACCAGUACCGGCCUCGACCACAAGUGAGAACCAAGGACUCGUGCCUCCGUCGUGUUUCUGUUCCCCGACACUAAAAACCCACACGUUGGUUCCAGAGAAUCCUCCUUGUUCUUGUUUUUUAUACACAUUUAGUAAUAUAUAUAAAUUAAAAAACAAAAAGUAUUUAACAGACUGACGUCCCAUUUUAGGAGACUGGAUUGUUUUUGUGUUUGAUUCGAGGUACAGUGUCGCUGAUGUGAGAUUAAUUAAAGAGUGAACGGACGAAUCGGUCGGCUUCACAAACAGGAACAAGAAGGAGGUUCACUUCUGGACGGUAGGAUUGUAUUAAAGCACUUGUUGUCCUGUCAGGAUGACGCCGCUGGCCUUGUUCUGACACACAGAUGGUGGUAGUUGUACUGUGGCUUAUUGUGGAUGCCUGCUGAGCAUCCGUGAACCUUAUCCAUCACACCUGAAGGCUUCGUCACUCAUUUUUCUGCUCCAGAGGGGACAAAAAGCGAAGCCCCCAAACCAUUCAGAGUUCUCCUGAAACACACCCUUUUCUGAAACAACAGUCAUGCAGAGGAGUUGUUGAAUUGUGUGAUUUAUUAUAAUUAUUAUGCUUUUGAUGUUUGAAUUCAUGGUGCAGAGAUGAUUUUAUUUAUCAUUUUAAAUGCUGGUAGCUUGUUUUUGUGGCGCCCGAGCCUUCUGAUAAACAGUAUAACCUCUGUUCCUAUGUUAACCACUUGUAUGCUCAUACUCUGUUAUUUUAUAGCACAUGUACGGCUCACAGUUAUACACCUACUAUACAUAUUAUGAAUAUUUUCUCAUUAAAAACAAAACCUGUACAUGUG